UAUUUUUAUACGUGAAUUUUCAAUUUUAAUUAUCAGAAAUAAGAGAUUUUAAUAUAAUAUAUAAUCGUUCAUAGAUUUAAAACGUUUAGCCGUGUAAUUAUAAUAUUAUAACUAUAAUUAUAAUAUUUUUAAUUAUUUGAACAUUUUUUUACAAAACUGCAAUUAUUAAAUAUUUCAUUUUACAUUCACGGAUUGAGUAAGCACUUUAACAUUAGCCAAUCACGAAAGACAUCAGUGCAUCGAGAUAGUUCUGCGUAAGAAAAUCAACCGUAACCUAACUACAGUGGUCAUUGUGUUGUAAUUUUGACAAAUAAUGUUAGUUGCAAAAUUAAAUUGACAAUAAAUUUCCAAUAAAUUGUCAAUACGUUUUUUAGGCGUAUUUCUGUUACUAUUCUUAUAGUUUUAUUUGUGUAAUUGAUUACGAGUUACAACACGAUUAUAAUUCAUUUUAUUUAACGAUCUUUUUUCCGAGAUUUGCAUAAAUUUAUAAUUUAGCACUACACAUUUCACGCAAUAUGAAGUUAAGUACUGAUCUGUAUGAUAACUUAUAUUUAUAUGCUACACCAGAGAAAUUUUAUGUUGAGCCAGCUGGUAUUAAAGUAUUACUUGUAGUCGAUAGAGUAAGUCAACAAGUUUAUACUCAAGUUGGUACAGCCAGCCUAAUACCACCUACUGCGAGUCGUAGAAAAAUAUGGGGCAUAGUAGGAUCUAUCCGUCUCUUAGCGUGUCGUUAUCUCAUAGUAAUUACAGAUGCGCUAAUGAUUGGAACAAUAGCAGGUCAACAAAUUUAUAAAAUUGUUUCCACAGAUGUGAUACCAUAUUCAAGAUCGUCUUUACAUUUGAGUGAAAAACAAGUACAGAAUAAUGCCACAUAUUUAGAAAUGGUUAAAUCUGUUUUAAAUACACCUUACUUUUACUUUAGUUAUACAUACGAUCUCAGUCACACUAUCCAAAGGCUUCAUAAUACCACACCUGAAUUUCUACAGAUGACACUUUAUGAUAGAGCAGACCUUCGAUUUGUAUGGAAUGCUUACCUUUUGCAAGAUUUAACAGCAAGGAUCGAGUUAUACAAAUUUUGCCUGCCCAUUAUACAUGGAUUUAUAUCUUUGAACACUGUUGUUGUCAAUAGUAUUGCAUUCAAUUGGGGUAUAGUUUCAAGGCGCAGUAUACAUCGUGCUGGUACAAGACUUUUUUCGCGUGGUAUAGACUCUACUGGAAAUGUUUCUAAUUAUGUAGAAACAGAACAGUUAAUCGAAGUAAAUGGAUAUCGUAGUUCUUUUGUACAAACGCGGGGUUCCAUACCUUUGUUUUGGUACCAAGCUCCAAAUUUGAAAUAUAAACCUAAGCCCCAGUUAAGUGUUCAUGAAGAUCAUCAGACUGCUUGUGCUAGGCAUUUUGAUUCUCAGAUUUUCCAUUAUGGAAAACAAAUUUUAGUAAAUUUGAUCGACCACCAUGGACCAGAAGCUAUAUUAGAAAAAGCAUAUCAUGAUGUUGUUCAGAGAAUUAAUAAUCAAAACGUACGAUAUGAGGCUUUCGAUUUUCAUGCGGAAUGUAGAAGAUUAAGAUGGGAUCGAUUAAACAUUUUGAUGGACCGAUUAGCUCACGAUCAGGAACAAAUGAGUUAUUUUCUUCUCACAAGAGACGGACUACUGCUUUCUGUGCAAGAUGGUGUUUUCCGUACAAAUUGUAUCGACUGUCUUGAUCGUACUAACGUUGUUCAAAGUAUGUUAGCGAAAAGAGUUUUGAAUGAAGUAUUAACGAAGUUGGAAGUACUACGGAAGAUUGAAGAUCAUCCUUCUUUUGAAAAUCUUUUUAAGCAGGUAUGGGCUGAUAAUGCGGAUAUUGUAAGUAUACAAUAUUCUGGUACAGGUGCAUUAAAAACGGAUUUUACACGAACCGGUAAACGUACAAAAUUGGGUGCAUUUAGAGAUGGUAUAAAUUCAUUAACAAGAUACUAUAAAAAUAACUUUGCCGAUGGUUAUCGACAGGAUUCACUGGAGCUAUUCUUAGGUCGCUAUAUCGUGCAAGAUGGCGAAUGUACUUUGAUUCAAUGUCCCUUGGAAUCUGAACGAAAUUGGCGAUACGCUACAUUCCCAUUAGUUUUGUUGGUUGCAUCAUCAAUGCUUGUCGCACAUAUAAUUCUUCCCUCUCGAUAUACUACAGAAGUUUUGCUUUAUAUGUUAUUUUGGGGUGCUAUGGUUGCAGGAACUUUUGCAACCAUUAUUCAUCAUGGAAAACAAUAUGUAGAUAAACCUAAAUUAAUAUAGAAGAAAAAUAGAA